AUGCGUGACGGCACAGCACUUGAAGUGGAAAAUAUUAUUAGAAAUUUUAAUGUUACACCUGCAACAAUAGGUGUUAUUAAAGGAAAAGUACAUAUAGGUAUGAAUAAAGAAGAAAUGGAAAUUUUAGGGAAAGAAAAUCAAAAUUUGAUGAAACUUUCAAGAAGAGAUUUACCAUAUGCUGUUAGUCAGAAAUUAACUGGUGGAACAACUGUUUCAAGUACAAGUAUGAUUGCAGAAAAAAUGGGAAUAAAAAUAUUUGUCACUGGUGGUAUUGGUGGUGUACAUCAAGACGUUGUUAAUAGUAUGGAUAUCAGCUCUGAUUUAACAGAAUUGGCUCAUACUCAAAUUACAGUUAUAUCAGCAGGUGUAAAAUCAAUUCUUGAUAUAGAGAAAACUCUUGAAUAUUUGGAAACAGUGGGUGUUUGUGUAGUAUCUUUUGGGCAAAGUAAAGAAUUUCCAUCUUUUUUUACUUCAAAAAGUGGUUAUUUUGCUCCUUAUAAUGUAUCUAAUGCUAAUGAUGCUGCAAAAUUAAUUGUUGCUAGAGAUUCCAUCAAUAUGAGAAGUGCUGUUCUUAUAGCAGUUCCUAUUCCUCAAGAAUAUAAUGAUAAAGGUCAAAUGAUUGAAGAUGCAAUUAAGAAAGCUGUAUUAGAAGCAAAAGGAAAAAACGUCAAAGGAAAAGAUGUGACUCCAUUCAUUCUAAAAAAAGUCAAUGAUUUAACAUUAGGAGAAUCAUUGAAAUCAAAUAUACUCUUAAUAAAAAAUAAUGCAGUCAUUGGCAGUAAAAUUGCAAUUGAACUUCAUAAAAUGAAUUCUUUCAAAAAUAUUGAUGUACUGGAAAAAAAUAAUAAAGAAAAUAUUUUAGAUUAUUCUCAUUCAGUUAUUAAAACCCAGAAGAGCAAUAAAUUAGUAGUUAUUGGAGGUUCUGUAAUAGAUUUAGUCACAACAGUACUACACAACAAGAUUGAACACGAUGGUAGAAGUUAUUCAGGAAAGAUUCAAUCUUCUGCUGGAGGAGUUGGAAGGAAUAUUGCCGACUGUUUAUCUAGAUUAGGGAAAGAUCCUUUACUUAUAUCUACUAUUGGUGACGAUAGAAAUGGAAAAACAAUUGUGAAUCAAAAUACAAACAUGGAUGUCCAAGGAAUAAGAGUGCUUUCGAGUGUACCAUCAGCUGUUUAUUGUGCUAUUUUGAAUGUAAAUGGACAAUGUUUAUUUGGAAUCAAAGAUAUGAAAGCUCAUGAUUUCAUCGACAUGUCACACAUUCUUAAGUAUAAACGUUCGAUUUUGGAAUCUCCUUUAAUUGUAUUGGACGGAAACGUUCCCCAAAAUGAAAUUUGUCAAGUUUUGCAAUUAUGUCGAAUGUAUAAUAAACCAGGUAAAAUUUUACAUAAAUUUUUAUAUUUUGUAAACAUUUUUAGAACAUUUGAGUCGCGUAUAAAAAUGGUUGGGUAGAUUUUUAAAUUAUAUUCUUACCCCAUGCAGGGUUUCGUCUUGGGCGGCAAAAUAUACGCAUAUUUAGGUUAACUAACCAAUCAAUUGAAUCACUAAAACUAUGUUCCUUAAAAAAGUUUAUUCCUGUUUAUACUUUCUAUUACAGUAUAAUUAUUGUUAUUUUUAUUACUCUUAAUUUACACAAGGUGGAAAUCUUGUGAUAAUUAAGAGGGCCUGUUUAGCAACCUAUUAUGGGUUCGGUCAAGACCACAAUAAGGCAGCCUGCUGAUGAGGGAAAGACCCUCUUUUCCUGAGAGUGAAUAUAUAAAUAUAUAGUGAAUUUAAAUAAGAGUAUAAAAAUACGACGACCGGAUGUCGGAAUGGUUGCGGUGGCAAUCCAUAGUUCUGGGGGACCCGGGAUCGAAUCUGGGCGGGACAAAAAACUCCAGGAAUU